AUGUUUUCGUCUAUUAUUGAUGUGCUUGAUGAAAUUACAAAUGAUAGAUUGAAUAGUGAGCAACAAUAUGAAGCAUCUUAUUUACAACUACAAGAGCUAAAUAGUCGUUCUAAUGAGGCUAAUACUGAGUUGCUACUUUGUUUAGCGUGUUUAUCUCUAGCUAAUUCAUUUUUUUCUUUUGACAAUGGAAAGUUAAUUCGUCUUGCUCAGCUUUUUCCAUGUGAUUUUUCUACAAUGGAUUUAAAGGUAUUAGAAUAUCAGCUUCAAACCUAUGUUGAUGAUAUUCGUUCUCAUGUCAAGUUUUCAGCUUUGAAAGGGAUGGUUGAUCCUUCUAGGAAACUAGUUGAGACAUAA